GACCGUUCAAGCCACCAUUGCAAAAGGUACGUACCUCGAAACCAGUCAAGGUACCAGCGAGUGCAAGCUACAACCAAGACCACCAAUUCUCAAUCCUUUUUGACCUUCAGCGCCGUCGCCCAAAAUGUGGUUCUUUGGUAGCUUUCUCUACGUUUGUAUUCUACUCAUCAACGCUGUCGCUGUCCUCUCCGAAGAUCGUUUUCUCGCGCGCAUCAAUCUCUCUCCCGCUUCUUACGACCCUGCGUUCGGCGCUGGCCCCGAUGCCAGCGUCAAAGCCAAGAUCAUCAAUCUCAUCGCGAGUGUCCGAACCAUCAUGAGGAUGCCACUGAUCUUUGUCAAUUCCGUUAUCAUCCUUUAUGAGCUCAUACUUGGUUGAUUAGCGGGGUGCCACAUACAAGGCGCAGCUGUAAAAAGAGGACAUGGUAGACUUUUCUAGGCAUCAAUGGAGUCCGGCUAAUCUUGGAACUGGAGUUUUUGUUGUUGAUAUGAAUCACGGGAGACCAUGCGUGGGAGUACUACUCUUUGAUAUGGAUACGAUAUGGAACGAGACAGGACGAGAUGCGGAACCCUCUUCAUGAUAUAGUAGUGAAGGUAAUCUUAUUGCAUACGUGUAAUGCUGAACAUACACAUAAUGUU